CGUCACGCCGCCGCGUCCGCUGUUAGCUGGGGGCCGUCCGGCCGCGCAGUGCAAUGUGGGAGUGAUUAAGGAAGUAAAAUGGCGGAUCUGGCGAACGAAGAAAAGCCUGCCAUUGCUCCACCUGUCUUUGUAUUUCAGAAGGAUAAAGCACAGAAGUCCUCUGCAGAGCAAAAAGGUUUGUCGGAUUCAGGAGAGGACCCACAGGGAGAGGCUGAGUCCCCCCACCGUGGUCUGGGUCACACAGAAUCAGCUGGUGAGCGCGACUUUGAGCUUCCUGCUCCCACUGUUGCCUCAGCCAGUGCUACUUUGAUUCCUGCUUCUGAAGCCCAGCUUGCUCCUAUUCAACAAGAACUGGCAGGGAGGUCAGCAGAUGGUUCAAGUCCAGAAGAUGGAGAAGAUUCGGAUCAUGAGGAUGGAAGUUACUGUCCUCCAGUAAAGCGGGAAAGAACUUCAUCUUUAACACAGUUUCCUCCUUCACAGUCAGUAACAAAGAACAAUGUCUUUAUGCCAUCAAGCUUCUGUGAACCCUCUACAGGAAAUUCUGACUCAGAACCAGAGGAAAAGAGCAGUGGAUUCCGACUGAAACCGCCAACACUUAUCCAUGGUCAGGCACCCAGUGCAGGCCUCCCAAGCCAGAAACCGAAAGAACAGCAACGAAGCGUACUGCGUCCUGCAGUAUUACAAGCACCGCAGCCAAAGGCUUUCUCACAAAUGGUUCCAAGCAGUGGGACCAAUGGUAUAAACGCCCCGCCAGAUUCUGGAGUGGCAGCUCCAUCAGAAUUAUUAAUCAGCACAACAGUGAAAAGAUCAGACUCUGAAGACAAGGUGAGAGAGUGCCAGAAAAAAGAGCUGAACAGUACUACAGAGGAUGAUAAUUACGAGAAGCCAGAGCAAAAUGCACAGCAAGCAUUUGUGUUUGGGCAGAAUUUGAGAGACCGAGUUAAGUUAGGAGAUGAAAGUGAUGAAACAGUUGAAGUACAGAUUGCAGGACUUCCAAGUUCAGACCCUCCAUCUGCAACAAAUUACUUUCUUCAGUACAUCAGUUCCAGUUUAGAGAAUUCUACAAACAGUGCCGAUCCAUCCAGCAACAAAUUUGUUUUUGGACAGAACAUGAGUGAGAGAGUGUUGAGCCCACCAAAAUCAAAUGAUGGUGGUACAGACAGUAACAAGGAGAAUGCUGCUUCAGAAUCUGGCUCUGAAUCUUCUUCACAGGAAGCAACUCCAGAAAAAGUUAAUAAUAUUUCAGAAUCGCUGGCAGAGUCUGCAGCAGCCUAUACCAAAGCAACUGCAAGGAAAUGUUUGUUGGAGAAGGUAGAAGUGAUCACUGGGGAGGAAGCAGAGAGUAAUGUUUUACAGAUUCAAUGCAAAUUGUUUGUGUUUGAUAAGAAUUCUCAGUCUUGGGUGGAAAGAGGUAGAGGACUUCUAAGACUUAAUGAUAUGGCAUCAACGGAUGAUGGGACGUUACAAUCUCGGCUGGUAAUGCGGACUCAGGGGAGUCUCAGAUUAAUCUUGAACACCAAGCUCUGGGCCCAGAUGCAGAUUGACAAAGCCAGUGAAAAAAGUAUCCGAAUCACAGCCAUGGAUACAGAGGACCAGGGUGUCAAAGUUUUUCUUAUAUCGGCAAGUUCUAAAGAUACAGGACAGCUGUAUGCUGCAUUACACCAUCGGAUCUUGGCUCUGCGGAGUAGAGUGGAACAAGAGCAGGAAGCCAAGAGCACAGCACCUGAACCAGAAGUAUCACAGUCGAAUGAGGAAGAUAGUGAUGAUGAUGAUGUCAUUACUCCUUCAGGAUCAGCUGGAAGUGGUCCUAAUGAUGAAGGAGAUGGGCAGAAUGUUGGCAGCACAUAGCUGUGAGCUUGUCUGCUUGCAAGGCUGCUGUGAACAUAUUCUUGCAGGCACCUUUCUGGAUAACCCAAGCCAGCUAUUGUUACAGGCAGCGUUGAAACCGCCAGAACUUAGGAACCGUGCAUCCCUGUUCA